CCAAUGGGCGGUGAGCCGAGCCUGGGGGCGGGGCGUCCCGCCGGGACCGGCGCUAGCCUCGACGGCGCGGGCGCUCCUACUGUGGCUGUGGCUUCGGGAGUGGUGCGUCCGGUGCUGGGGUGUCGUGUGUGUCUGAGAUAACAGUGGGAGCUGGUACCGGGGAAGGAAAUGACUGGGAGAGUAUCGCUGGCCUACAGCGCACAGCAGCACUUCUUGUUCCUGUGCUUCAGAAUUGGAUUCUACUGGAUCACGGAGAUCAUAGGGGAUGCUGCACGUGUCUUUGGAGAUGAACUUCUUGUGAGUGACCUAGAUCUAUGUGUUCCUUUACCGAUGCCCAGCUUGUUACUUUGAGAUCUUUCUUGGCCAAGUGCCUGAGACCAGCAGAAGUGCCUGAAGUCAGGAGCUGACUUCCGAAUUUACAAGGCAGGAUGAAAGACCGGCUAAAUGAGAUGCGUGAACUUGCCAGGUUGCACAACCAAGAGUUUUCUUGUAGUGAGGAUGAUGAAAAUUCACCCCGCGAGAUUCUCCUUUAUGAGACUGAUUAUGCCUUGGAAACUCUUCAUAAGGACAUAGAGAACAUCCGAACCGAAAAUAACUUCCUAAAAGAGGAUGUCAAGCGACUAAGAAAGCAAAACAACCGCUUCCUUACUUCCAUGCGCCGUAUUAGUAGCAUUAAACGAGAUACUAAUGGUAUUGCCAGAGACAUCAAGGCCCGUGGAGAAAGCAUCCACAGGAAACUCCAAAUAAUGAGAGAUUUCUGCGAAGAUGCAAUAACAAAAUAUGGGGUUAUGUCUGUCAUUGCCAGGGUAGCAAAGAACCAUUACGUUGACCUCAUGCACGCCUUUCAGGAAGCUAUGUUUGAAUACAAUGCAACAGAGAUGAACCAGCGGGAGAACUGCAAGAUUCGAAUUCAGCGUCAGCUAGAAAUCAUGGGCAAAGAUGUUUCCAGCAACCAGAUUGAGGAGAUGAUUGAGCAAGGCAGGUGGGAUGUCUUCUCUGAGAAUCUCUUGUCGGAUGUGAAGGGAGCUCGCUCAGCCUUGAAUGAGAUAGAGACACGUCAUAAGGAGUUGGUGAAAUUAGAAGGUCGUAUUAAGGAGGUUCACGAGCUCUUUCUGCAGGUAGCCCUGCUAGUGGAAGAACAGGCAGACACCUUUGACGUCAUUGAGAUAAAUGUGCAAAAUGUUGAGGACUAUGUAGGAGAAUCUAAAGAGCAAAUAAAAAAAGCUUUAGAAUACAGAAGAAAACACCCUCUCAUGACAAUCCUCUGCUGCUGCUUUUCGUUUUGCAGAAGGUGACUAUCCUACCGAUGCUAUCAUGGUCCAACUUGAGAGUUUUCCAAAUCAAAUAUUCUUUUCAAUGACUUUUCUUUAAUGACAACCCCUGUAAGUGUGGGAGCUACUGUGCAGUUGUUUGUUUUGUUUGGUAACAUGUUCCUGAACAUGCUGAAAAACCGUUCUAUUUAUGGCCUGCUAGAAGUGUUGAUAAAACUAUUUUUGACUGUUUUUAAUUGAAAUGUACUCUCUUACUGUAACUAGAGGUGCAAGUACUUAGAAGAUCUCUAGGCAAUACUUGCUCCAGUCAAGAAAGAGGAAUGAAGGAUAGGCUGAUAACAGCUAGAGGAAACAAGAAAUUUCAAGAAACUAUUUCAUUCUUAUUAGUCAAAGUGAUCUGCAGGCAGUGCAUGCUUAAUGCCUGUGGCGACACAAUACAUCACAGAAUCAGGAGGUUGGAAUUGUAACUAGUUUGGAGCCUACUUUAUGCAAAUACUUGAAGAGAUUUUUGCUCUGCUUGUGCGAUAAAAUGCUGAGCCUGUUACCAGGAGCAGGAUGCAAAACUAGUUUCCGUUUCAACUUUAUUUCCAUCUGUCACUGGUCUUAACAGAAGUAAGCUGCACCUUAAAGCAUAAUAGGCACGUUUUGCUCUGUUUGUGUUCAAGUGAUUCUUUUUCUCCAUUUUGAGUACCUACAAGUGCAACAUGGAGGCAUCACACUGACUCUUUUUAAAUUGAGAUACUGGAAAUCUUAAUUUAAAAUCUGCCAUGCUUUUAGGUUUCAAAUACAUGUUUCUGCCAAUUGAUAUAGCAGAAGAGGUGUGCGCAAUGGCCCUCUGUAGAAGCACCCAUAAGAAGACAACAGCUGGGAGGCAAAGAAAGCAUUUUAGAGUCUCCUAUGCUGGCAUAUACACACAAGCAGUUCUAGUGGAUUUCCCCGUCAACAAACUUUUAAUAGGCAUUGAUUUUAAUUUGGCAACUUAUAUAUAUAUUUUUAAUAGCAUGAAGGAUUAAAAUUAACAUUCAGUUUUACUGGUUUACAAAAGCUGAGGCUUUUCUCUCAUUAUUAGAAAAUCUUCUGGGGAAAGAAAAAUUCAGGUGUAUUCUUCAGUACACCUGAAUAAUAAACAACAUUUUAAUGUCAUUUCAGUACCCUUUUCAAGCUUAAAAAUAAUCUUUCCUUUUGUGUAAUAGGAGUCUACCCAUAGAUGGUUUGAUAGAUGAGGAGGCAAAAGAACAUUUGCAGCCCUGGAAACCACUGAGCAUUGUCAGUGAAAGAUGUAUUCAUAAGGUCUGGGUAGUGAUUAUAGCUCCUACUUCUGGAAGUUUUCCAACUCUAGUAUUUCUAGGUGGCUUCCUGUUACACCGUGAUCUAUUGGUAUCCUUUGAAUUAAUGUGAAUUAAUGGAGGACAUUUUUUCAGAAGUUAGUGACUUUAAAACUGUCAUAUUUAUAUCUAUUUUAACAAAUGUAUUUAAACAUUUCAAGUAUUUUAUAUGUAGGAUUUUUGCCUAACUGUGCAUAGCCGUCUUCCCUCACCAAUCACAAUGAAGCUUUUCCCUUCUGAACUUUUGCACACUAAUUUUAUACGUUAAAAAAAAUACCCAAACAUUUUGUACUAUUUAUAUUGAUAUAUAACAAAACAGCAAAAGAAAUUCAGCUUCCAUUGGGCUUUUUACACAAGUAGAAGCUAAAUAGGUAACAGUUUUCAGAAACAGGUAGUCUCUUUAGCUGAAGUGCCUGUCUGUGGUAACAUGGAAGCGUGAAGAACACUGGUCUUCUAAACUAGAAGAUAUUUUGAUAUUCAGUGAUGUCUUGAUGAUAUCAGUAUUACACUUGCCUGAGACUCUCUCAAACAACCCAGUAUUCAGACUUGAAGUGGGAGAAAAAAGAGUGGAUGUUGAGCUGGCACCAUUGUUACUGCUUUGGUGCUACUCAAGAAGACAAAAGUCAUUUACUCCAUAGGUAUUGACAUUCAAGUCAGUGGAACUGUGUUUGUAGAGAAAUAUCCUAAAGAGCCAACGGUCAGAAUGUGGAUGUAAAUCAAUGGGAAUUAAAAUACAUAUUUCAUUUUGUCUGCAUAUUCUUAGCACUUAACAAUGCUUUUGAUAAAAAAUAUGUACCUGUUUGUUGUUGGUUUCUUUUUUGCGCAUGUGUAUAUCCACAAAGGCAAUAAAAUAUUUAAUAAGAAAAACUGAAAAUGCAGAGUAUUGUGCAUUGAGUCAGCAGCUCUGAACAGUUGCUCACAUAGUCAAAGUUUAGUUAAAAGCUUCUGGACUAAACUCUAAAUUAGAGAAAGAAGAUUAAUGUCUAAAAGAAUGUCCUCAGAAU